AUGGAGCCGCGGGCCGGCUGCCGGCUGCCGGCGCGCGUGGAGCAGGUCGUCAACGGGGCGCUGCUGGUCACGGCGAGCUGCGGCGGGCGCAGUUUCGCCGGGGUCCUGCUGGACUGCACCAAAAAGUCUGGGCUCUUCGGCCUGCCCUCGUGGACCCCUCCACCUUUGGCCGACAAGCCCCCUGCCAGCCUUUGCCAUGACCAGGCCCCUGAGGAGGGGCCCUGCCAGGGGCUACAGCCAGGUACCAAACCCCCGCCUCACCCGGCGACCGCUAGCCCUGAGCCACCCCUGCCCCUGCCAUACUUUGAGGGCGCCCCGUUCCCUCACCCGCUGUGGCUACGGAGCUCCUACCAGCAGUGGGUGCCACAGCCCCCACCCCGAAGCAUCAAGCGCACGCGGCGGCGGCUGUCUCGUGCCCGGGACCCCGGCAGGCUCAUCCUCAGCACCAUACGAUUGCGGCCGCGCCAGGUCCUCUGUGGCAAGUGCAAGAGCACCGUGAGCCCCCCGCAGGCCAGUGCCAGCCCCCCGGCAGCCCCCCGUGCCCGCAGGAGGCUGGACCCCGAGGAGCCACAGGCCCUGAGGAGGAGCAAGAGGGAGCGACGUGAGGGGCCCGGGACCCCCGCAGGGCAGGUCCCCCGCAGCCCUGUCAUCAGGAUCUCCUACAGCACACCCCAGGGCAAGGGUGAGGUCGUCAAAAUCCCCUCGCGUGUGCAUGGCUCCCUGGAGCCCUUCUGCCCGCCAUGGGUACCCCGGGACGGUGGUGGUGGCGACAAGGAUGGACCACCCGACAGACCCCUGGCUUCUCUCCCCAAGCUGAAGUUGACCCGGCCCAGCCCAGCCCUGCCACCCCCCAAGAUCCGGCUGAGGCCCCGCCAGGGGACGGGCACGUGUGGGCCGCUAUACCGAGCAGAGCUGGUAGAGGCACUGGGGGCCUCUGGGGACUGCUCUGGCCCCGGUCCCGGGCUGGGGACCUUGUCCUCCCUGUCACCCUCGCCGUCACCAGUCAGCUCAGGUGAAGAGGAGGAUUGCCAGGGCCGCCCCCACAACGACCGGCGCCCUGGGGGGCUGGCCUUCCUGGUUGGCUGCCCGCCGGGCACCACGGACUGCAGCGGCGACAGCCUGGAUGAGGCCAAGUCGUCCAGCUCAGAGGGAACCUCGGCCGACCCCGGGGACAUCUCGUCGGGUGACGGGGCCACCCACCCCACAGUCCCACCGCUGACAGUGAGGCUGCACACACAGAGCGUGUCCAAGUGCGUCACAGACGACGGGAGGACGGUGGCCGUGGGGGACAUCGUGUGGGGCAAGAUCCACGGCUUCCCUUGGUGGCCAGCACGGGUCCUGGACCUCAGCCUUGGCCGGAAGGCAGACGGAGAGCCCUUCUGGCGCGAAGCCAAGGUCUCGUGGUUCGGGUCUCCGACAACGUCCCUCCUGUCUGUCUCCAAGCUCUCCCCCUUCUCCGAGUUCUUCAAACUGAGGUUCAACCGGAAGAAGAAGGGGAUGUACCGGAAAGCCAUCGCUGAGGCUGCCAACGCGGCCGGGCAGCACAUGGCCCCUGAAAUACGGGAGCUGCUGACCCAGUUUGAGACGUAGCCCAGGCACCCCAGGCCAGGUCAGCGCUGGCGAUGAGGAAUGCGACUGCUCGGUUGAGUCCUGGCUCACCCCUGGGCAGCAGCCUGGGUGGACAGGGCAGAGACUUGUCUGAAGGCCCCUUCCUCCAGUGGGGGAAGCUGCUACAGCACCCUGACAGGCUCAGGGCAGCCACCCCAGCAUGUCCAGUUACCCCGCAAGCGGCUGUGCCCAGCCAUGGAGCGUGCCCCUGGGCGAGGCCGGAUGCUCUGCCUGGGCCUCCCCUCAGGCUUCAGAAAAUCAAGCUGCAUGUUUGGGACCCCCUUCCCAGGCCCUCGGGUAGCUCGCCGCCAUUGAGAACUGGGGGCCACUACCCUGCUCCCCAUGGCCACGGAGUCAGGCCCCUGUGCCUGAGAUGCUACUGCAGGAGCCUAGCAGCACGCUGCGCAAGGUGGGGCCUCUUCCUGACAGCAUAGUGCCCUCCAGUUUGUCACUUUAAAGACCAGACAGAGAAAACGGAAGUGACCCUGGCUUUCUUUGCUCUGAUGUAGAAGAGUAAAAAGUGCAGCCAUGAGGAGGCUGGACUCAGGGCCUGUGGGGGUCAGGGUCAGGGGUCAGGAGGA